AUGAUCAACGACUAUGAACAGCGGGUCGAGGACAUCGCAUCGCGAUUGCCAACACUGCAAGCAAAGUUCGAAGACCUUCGGUCAGCCUCGGUACAAAACCAGAUCGACCUCCGGUCGGAUCUUGCUUCCAAGGUUUCUUCCGCCGUGGAUACACUGACGAAACUGGCCCAGCUUAUAUGUGGCCAGCCCGACCGAUUCAGCCCUCAUCCAGAGAUAAACAUCACUAUUAAAGAGCUUAACUCAUCCUGGAAAGAAACCAACAAAGCAGCAAAGAAUCUUCUUGACAAUAUUAACAACAAUUACAUCAAUAUUGCCGAUUUUAAUAAUGUCAGCUUGGGCCGCUGGUACAAUCAAGCAGUUAAUCUACAGGCAGCGCUACGGGCGACCCAGAAGUCUACAAAAAAAGACUAUAGGAUUGAGAAGUCUAUACAAUUGUCUUUGUUUCAGGCCCGCCGAGAUGCAGAAAGCCACGUCCAUAGCUUGCAGCAGACGCUGGAUGAAGCACAGAGCGAAUACGACGGCCUCGACCAGCUUGCGCUGAAUCCUACGAUGAGAAGGAUGACUUUACAACGCUUCGAGCACGCCAUGGCGAUUUGCACGUUUGACUUAUCAGACGCAAAAAAUGCCGUUCAAACGGCUAUUGAGCAAGGAAACGCUACAGAACAGCGACUACGCGAGCAAGAGUCCACGGUGCGAGAAAUAAAUGAUCUUGUAACCAUGCAAGCCGAUCUCGUAUCUCAAGGCUCAUCGCUACUUACCAACUGUAGUGACCUGAUGGGAAGUGUAGAGCAUGCCGAAGAUGAGAUUUCCUGCAUUAAAAUUCAUCACUUCCGCGCUUGGCAGCUUAUAAACAGGUUAUCCGACCGUUCCGAGUCUGCCGAGUUCGCUCUCUCCAAAGCAGCGUGUGCCAGCUGUAUACUGAUGGUCAUCGAUACGAUCCUUGACGACCAUACUCUCACGGCCCGUUUGACAGAAAUGGUUCAACACUUGGCAAAUUAUGAUGAUAGCGAGGGAUUUAUUCGAGGGAUCAUUACUGGUGAUUAUCCCAAUGGUUUGCUUGCCGGAGUGCAAAGGGAAUUAGAGCUGAUUCAAGAUCGCUGUUUGGUGUCAAAUACUGUCAGCCCCACCUGUGAGAGACAAGACACGAAGUCGCCGGCUUUUGUGCCUUUGAAACUUUUUCCUACUAUAUUACCAUCUCCCACUCGACCAAUGCUUGCUGAUGCUAGUAUAGAUCUGUUGGAGAAAGACAAAAAUAGGUCAUUUAACGUUAGGCGCUUUUCAGCUUCAUCUAUAAAAAGAAUUAUAAUUAGGCCUAGUUUUAAAUAG